GAGCGGUUGAUAACCGUCGCUUGUCGUCGCAGUAAAGUCUAUUACGAUUUUGUUUUAAUUUUCUUUUAGCUUUUAUUUUACUUCUUUAUAAUUCUGCUACUUCGGGAAAUUGUCUUUUGUGAAAAGAAAUUGACGUGGAAUCGUCAUUAUGGAGGCAGCGUCGGUUGCUGAACGUCUGAACAAGCUCCGGGAAGAGAGGAUUGCCAGGGAAAAGGCCAGGAUUGAGAAGUUACGCGAACUGAACCUUAAGAAAUAUAACAAAAAUGAACAUCAGAGGUCUAUAUCUAACUUAUCCCUGUCUAAAAGCAAAACUGAUAUUGCUAACCCUACAAAAACAAAUACGACUGGAUCAGUUAAAAACCAUAUGCACAUGAACGGUGGAUUUAAAAGACCCACCACAGUGCCCACUGUUGGGCAAAAAGUUCCCAACAAUAAAGAAAAUAAAACUAUAAAUGUUAUGAAAACAAAUCCUACAACAAAUGUUAUUAAAAAAGAAAUUGUACAAAAAGUCACUGUUGAUAAAGCAAAAUAUAGUUCUGGAAAAAUAGAAGAAAUUAAGAAAGAUAAAACACUUAACAGUACUGGUAUGACCAAUGUUAAGCCUACAAGUUCUAAAACUGAAAGACCUACAAUAUCUGAAAAGAUACCUGUAGCUAAAGCUGUUAAAAUAGAUGAUAAUAAAGUUAACUCUAAUAAGUCUAUGGUUAGAAAAAGUAUGGCUCCUAAAACAGAUAUACCAAAACCUUUGCCAAGAAAAAGUUUGCCAGCUUCCAAUUUCAAAACUAAUCCGAAUGCGGAAUCCGUUUUCGACAGAUUAUACAAACCGAAACCUGUUGCUAAAAAGGAGGUUGACAAUGUGCAAAAACUGCAUUCUGACACGAAUUAUUUGAGAAAGUUGAUCAAGGAUUCCGGGUUGAUCAUGAAUAAGAGACAAACUGUUUUUGAUGUAAAACCCAAGAAAGUAGUGCCCGUUAGAAGAUCUAUAUCGGCUGUGCAUUUCAAACGUAUAAGCAAGAAUGAAAUAGGCAAUUGCAUUCACAAAUGGUCCUCAAUAGGCGAGAAGUUAGAUAAAGUGCAUUUGCAAGAUAUUAAUGAAGACGAGAAUGUCAAAGGUGAUAAAGUAAUUUCGGCCAUUAAAAGUGAAAGGAAGAAAGUGAAAUUCCAAACGCCUGUACCAUUAAAUUUUAAUACACCAAGACCGGAUGAGAUGCAAUCCAAAUUGCAGAGUUGGUUGCAAAAACGCGGGAAAAAUAUUGAGUCUUAUCAUCAUUUACAAUGCUUCGGAAUACAUCAUUUAACACAGAAGAAUUUAAAGCCAUUCGAGCCUCCUAAAUUGGACUUUGAUGAUGAGAAUAAAGAGAAUAUAGCUUUAGAGUCUGAUAGUGAUGAUGAUUCGUAUACGGAGAAUAUGAAUGAGAAGGAAACGGUGCCGGAGCUGGAUAAGUGGAGGCAGGCAAGUUUUGUGAGUGACAGUGGUGAAAUGAACGAGAGCUGCAAUACAACGAUGACUUCAGGAGAGGUGAUGCAUGUGCAUCAUGUGGAUGAACUGUUGACCGGAGCGUUGAAUGAUUUGACCGAGUUACUUCGAGAAGGCUUCGAUUGGGAGCAAUGUGCCCGCUGGCUUCGUUCCAUCCGCGAGAGGUUCCCGUCCGCCCCAGACAACGCUGCCUACUGGGAAUGCCGGGCUGCCCUGGAGGAACGGAGGGGGGAUCUGCCUGCCUCUGUGCAGUGUUGGGAGGAAGCUAUCGCCAAGGGAACUGAGCGCUCUGUAGUUGAAGCAAAUCUUGAUCAGCUUUUGGACAAAUUCAUGCAACUGAAGAUAAGUCCCAACAGCGGCAAGCGGAGGCAGGCCGACCCCAAAAUGGUGGACGUGAAGAAUGUUUUCAAAAGCACAAUCAUCAGAUUUGCCGUACAGCAAGCGAAACUACGUAAAUCAAUGCAGAAUGAGCCGCCGAAGUACACGGUGACGCCGGUCCGCCGCAGCGCGCGGCUCUCCGCGCACUGGAGCUCCAAGCGGACUCCGCUGCAGAUUUGCAGUAGCGUCCGGCAGGCCGGUGAAAUCGUGCAACCGUUGCAGUUCAUACCGAACUCUCAACUCAGCGGGACGCCUUGAUUUUUGUAUGUUUAUCAUUGUUUAUGUGUUAGAAAUAAAAAAACGUAGGUUAAAUUGGCGCAAGUUUUGCAAUAGCGCAUUUAUAAUGAUUAAUUAUGUUUGUGUUUAUUAAUUCAUAUAUAAAUAAUUAAUAUAUAAAUUACGCAGAUUGAUCUACCGCUCUCGAACUUUCGAGACUUGUGUUAUACACAUAAAGAUUUGAUGCAAAUUUCGAAUAAAGUGUAACUAUGGCUCCCAUGGCUUUUGUAAAGAAAAAUUCACGAGGUUUUGGAUUGUAGUUACAAAAUAUAUGAUUAGAUUACAGUAGUACCAUUCUUAGGACUCGUGUCGGCAAGAUUCGAUGGCGCAGAAUAGCGCAACCUACCGACGUAUCUAACCGAAUGAAAAUCCAAUCCAAUAAAGACCUUAUUACAAGUACAUUAAACUUAAAAAUUUCAGUCUGCUAUCUCGCUUAUACUAGUAGUACAAUAGCGGACAGUUCAGUUCGCGGGUUGAAAUAUCGCGCUCUUGGCCCAACCGCUCAAAUACUUUCGCGCCGAACAAAAUUAAGACUCCUACGCAGAUACAUCGGUGUAACUAUACAAGCGGUAAUACUGUAUAGUUAGCUAUGAUUUUUCCGACUUGACUGAUUUGAACCGCGAACCAACGUUAGUAUCCCGUGCAGGGUAGACAGAGCCAACAGUCUUGAAAAGACUGUAAGGCCAUGCCCAAUGGAAUUGAGAUUCAAAUAGUGGCAGGUUGAUAGUCCAUCGCCUGCAAAAAGAAUACAAAGUUUAUUAGCCUUUUCCUUGGUCGCUUUUAACGACUUCCAUAGGAAGAGUGGUUCUAUUCUGAAGUACCGAGAAUAACUCGACAUUUACAUAUUUUUGAAAACAUUUCACUGAGGGAAUUGGUUAUUUGGAGAUUUUUCAGAUUUUUUGUUUUAAUUACUACGUGGUCACUUAGUGCCUUCUAUUUUUAUGAUAAUUGACGCUUUAAAUAAGGAAAUUGUGUGUAUAUCAUAAUAUACUUUAUAUGAUACUCUUAUUUUUACUUUUAAUUUGUCUUUAUGUUGCAAUUUCUUUUCAGUUUAUAUUUUUGUCGUACUUGUGUUGUUAUUAUGACCAUUGAAUUAUGUUAUUAUACUAAGAGUUUGUCUAACGAAAGAUAUUGCUUGACAUGGCAGUGAUUUUAAUAAUUGUUAGAUUUUUCAAUUAUUAUAAAAUAUAAAUACACAAGCAAACAUAUCAUGUAUAUUGUAACUACUAAUAAGUGGUUGCGAUUAAUGCUAAUAAUAACUACCUUUAUAAUUCUUUUAAAAUAUAGGGUACUUAUAUUUUUUCAAUAAAAGCUUAGCCUAUCUUAUACUUGUAACAAUUUUUAAGGUAAUCUUUCUAUAGCCAAACUGUUAAGUAUUAUUGAAAAACAAUACUGGUAUUUGUCUACACCAAAGCCUGUGUAAGGUGAAAAUGUAAAUAAGUUAUUGAAUUAGUUUUAUUCUGUACGCUUAAAACUUUUUUCCUUAUUUCUGUUUUUAAA